GUGGCAUAACGUCUUUCUCACCGAUGAUAAACAAUGCAGUCCACGUCAUAAUGUACAGCUACUACUUACUGUCCGCUGAAGGAAGCCCUACGAUUAAGACAUACCUCAUUAGGUACAAGAAGUGGCUCACUAUUAUGCAAAUGAUCCAAUUCACAUUAAUGCUUGUGUACUCUGCGCAAGUAUUUUUACCGAGCUGCCCUGCUCCGCUUGGGGUUACGUUUAUGUACUUUCCAAACGUAAUCUUCGUAUACUACAUGUUCUAUGAAUUCUUCAAACAAAAUUAUCAAAAUGAAAAGGCUAAAUUAAACAAAAAUGGUGACGGAAUGUUUAACAAUAAAGAUAAGUGA